AGGAGGCGAGGAAGGGGAAAACGCAUAAGCGUCGCUGGAGAUGGAGAAUUAGGGUUUUGAAGAGAGACCCCGCGCCUCCUCUGCCAUGGGUCGUCUUGGAGCUUAUGCAACCCUAGAAGCACUAACAACAAAAACCCCAACAGAGGACCUAACCCCUCCAGCCUCACAUGACCUCAACCCUAUUCCUUCCCCAAAAAACAGCUUCCUCUCUCGGUCUCUCUCCCUCUCUCUCUCUCUCUCAUCAAUUAGAGAGCUGCACGGAGGUGAGAACUUGGGGGACGGUGGUGUUGUUCCAGAGACGAAGGCCCAACAUGAGGGAAAACACAAAGACGAAGGAGCUAGGUUUUCCGGAGUUCGGCUUGAUAUUCUACAUGGAUGGAAAUGGCUGGGGGUGAUCGUUUGGUUGAUGUGGGGCUUGAUAUUAAUAGUGAAAUAUAUGCAUUUAGCACCUAUGAAGAUGAUAACUUCAACCAAAAUGACACUUGAAGAUGAAAUACAUUAGAGUGAAGAUGGUCUUUGUGAUUACAAUUCUAAUAAUAGUCAAGUUGAACUAGGUAAAAGUUUUGAUUCUGAUAGUGAUGGUCCUUAUAGUUCAAGUGUGGAUGCGCCUAUAAGUACAAGAUUCAACGGUAAGGAAUGAGAAACAAGUAAUGUGCAAUUGAUGAA